AUGGAUAUAUGUAAUGAAAAUCUAACAUCUACAGCCAUAACUCGAGUGGAUUCUCUGAUUUUUGGAUAUCUAAAUAGACAGCAGUAUACCAAAACGGUUACUGCUUUGUUAGAGGAAUCGCCUGUGCUCAAAAAUGUCGGCGGUAGAUUCGGUGGUGGACGCGAGAUUUUUAUUCAAAUCAAUCCUACUGUAUGUGAUAAAAAUUUAGAGUAUAUUGUUGAAACCUUCGCACAGUAUGGAAGGUUUGAUGUUCCACCAGAAUUCAUUGAUUUCGGCCAGCAGCUGAGAUGCUUAGCCAACGAUUUUUCAAGAAUGACCUCUGUUCAGGGGUUUUCUAGGAGUGAAAACCAGCAGAAAAUGUAUGGAUCUCGCUCUAAAUCUAAGGCACCUGCAUCGUCAGUGCCCUCCAAGGAGAGUUCCACCUCUUCGCAAGUCAGUUCGGCGACCCCUACAGUAUACCAUAUUCCACAACAUCCCUUAACCGUUGAUAGCCCAACACCUCGAAACAUUCCAUACCUCGGUAAACAUUCGUCAACGAAUUCCGUGUUAAGUGAUAUUAACAAUCAACAACCAAAGUUGAAUGAACACAUGAGCUUCCCUAAAACUUCCAAUCAGAGUGAGAAACCCCAGCACCUUUCGAAUUCUUGUGAUGUGCAACCAUUCCAUACCGGUGAUAAUAUUAAUUCGUCAAAUUCUAAUAAUUUAGAUCCUCCUAUACAUUCCGAUGAUCAAGAUCCCAGUAAUAUGCAUUCAAUGUUAUCUGAUGAAGGUUCGUCUCGUAGGAAACGACAGCAUCCGCACAGUUUUUCUGAGAGAUUUGUUUCUAAGCUAGCUGAUGCUGCAAGUCGUUCUAAACAAAGCAGAGAACAAGUAACUAGUACGACUAGUGCAGCGGACGUGUCUACAUUAGACAUAGGAAAUGAAAUAUAUGAUUUAUUUGAUAUUCGUAACUUGCCUUCACAAUUAGAAGAAGUUGUGUGUCGUUUCGAUCCCGAGGAUCGUUUCUACGAUUUCGCAGGAUUCAUGGGGGAGAUGGAAGAAUCACAAGAGCAUACCUUCGAGCAAAACAUUGCUCCAGACGUGCAACAGAUGUUUGACCAAGUUCCGGGAUAUACUCCUUAUAAAGAAAGUAGUUCGCCAAGAACUCCAGUUAAUGUCCUCCCUAAAGAGCCCAUACCUGAACUAGUAUGCAGUCUUAGACAACCAACCAACCUAUCUCUUAUGCCUGAACCUGCCAAGAUUCCCUUAAAUAAUACGAGACCUUAUGUCAUGAAGGGUCCAAGAAACACUCAACCCAAAAAGCAACCGAAAUCAUUGACAGAGCGUACAUUCAUCAAAGAUCUCAAGUUAAUAGAAGCGAAAAAUGUACCUUUGCGAACGAAGAUUACCAUGGACUCAUUAUUUGAUGACGCUGAAAGCAGUUCUUCCGAGAGUCAGGAGACAAUUGAUAAAGGGAAGAGAAGUAAGUCUCCAGAUCAUAAAAAGAAGAAGGAUCUGAGAGAAGAUGUUCAGAAGAAUAGAGAACAACCUGUCAAGGAGAAAAGACAUGAAAAGUCGAGUAAAGAUCGCAGAGAAGAACGUGAUCACGAGAGACGAAGACAUGAAAAAGAAGAUAAACGGGCUGAGGAGAGUAGGAAAAAUAUGGACGAGAAGCCAAGAAUAUCAAGAGUGGAAAAGAAUGACGAUCGGAAAAAACAUGAUCGGUUCCGUGAGGAGUCUGAAAAGAGAGAGCAGGAAAGGAAAAAGAAGGAACUGAGUGUACGUUCAGCUAGGGAGCAGGAAAACCAAAGACGAGAAGAAGCUAUGAGGAAGCGCGAUGAAGAAAGACGUCGUGCAACUGCUACUGACGAGCCAGAACCAAAUAGGGAAGAAGAAAGAAGGAUCAGGGAUAAGCGACGAACAUAUGAAGACGACACAAGUUCACACGACACAGAGCGUAGUGAAAGAGAGGCAAGUCAAGAGAGCUUGAACAAUAUUUCGGCAAAAUCAAAACAUUACGAUAAACAUAAAAAAAAAGAAAAAGAAUCAAAUGCAAUAAAGAGCAAGUCAUUUGAAUGUAAAAAUCGAGAAGAAAACAAUAAAAAGAAACGAAGUAAAGAUCCUGGAUCUUCUAACAUGCCAGAUAUAUUUGGAGAGAUUGAGAAAAAUUUUGACAGCUUACGGAGACAUGAUAGAUCACCUAGCCCUGAUAUUUCGUUUAUGAAUAUCAAAAAGUUGGCUCCUUCAACAAAAAUACCAAAAAAAGGUUCUGAACAGGCUUUGGCUCAAGCUGAGAGGUAUAAUGAACCAGAGCCAACCAUUCAGUAUCAUGCACAUAUAAGUGGAAAAGAGUCUGAUUCAUCCACUUCUUCUUCAAGUCAAGGAAUGAUCAGAGAUAUACAACCACCAGCUGAAUAUAUACCGACAGCAUCAACUUCUAAAGUUCCUUCCAAGUCGCAAAUGGUGUGUGGAUUAGAAUGUGACGAACCUAACCUACUUAUAAAGAGUACAGUUAACGACGCCCGAAUUGGGCUACAGUUUGAGAGUGCUUCAGUCAAAUGGAAGAAAACUCCAGUUGUGGAGACCACCUCAAGUAAAACAUCUGCCGAAAAAGAACAAGAUUCGCGAAAAAGGUCUUCGCAAAACACGCUCAUUGGAAAAUUGUUCAACGAAAGUGGAUCGCCAAAAGACGCGAAUAAAAAGAAAAUUAAACUUGAUCUAUCUGCAAUCGAUGCAAUUAUGAAAAAAGUUCAUGGAAAUGCACCUUCUACGUCUUAA